AUGGCGAACAAUUCGUCGUCUUCUACCGUGAUUGACAUACCCGCUGCUCUUCGAUCACAGGGGAACGUAACUGUAAUUGGGGUAGUUGUCGAUGUUUUCCAAGGCGUGUUCAAGACGUCGAACUCGCUUUGUAUAACCUUCACUUUGAAGUCUGAUAAUUUGAAGAAUGGCCAUGUGUGGGAUGGACUGAAAGUCAAGUAUUUUAAAGAUAACGAGUCUCAUCUGCCUCCUGUGCAAGAGGGUGAUGUAGUCCUACUGCGGAACCUCUGGAUUAGAAAUUAUAACGGUAAGCCACUCGGGAUUGCAGGGGACAGAGCGAACGUACCAUGGGCUAUCUUCCGCUUUGACCCGGACCCAUUAUGUACUAAUGCACCUAUUUCCGGUCCGACUCCCUUUGAGCCGUCCUAUACGGAGAAGAGACGAUGUCAGAGUCUACUGGAAAGUAUCACUGGGCUCUCAGAGUUCCGAAAUGCUUCUGCUCCACAAGUGACAGCUCCCCAGUCCUUUACCUCCCAAGCUUCAAGCUCGACGCAGGAUGCCCGGACGCAAAGGAAGCUUACCGCUAUAAAGGAUAUCCGAGAGGGUACACUUGUGGACCUGAUCGGUGAAGUAGUCAAGCUGUACCCACAGAACAGCGAGAAAGCACUCUUGUACUUGAGCGACUAUACAACAAAUAAGAAGCUGCAGGAUCAUACAUCUAUAGAUGAUGACCUCGAUGGUGAUUCGUUCUAUCGGAGCAGGAAGAAGUGGACUGGUCCACCCGGCCAAAUGUCCCUACCCGUAACAUUAUGGGAGCCACAUGCGAGCUUUGCCCGAGAAUAUGUUAAAGAGGAUGAUAUUAUCAGUUUGAAAUAUGUUCACAUCAAGGCAAAUCGUCACAACCUAACGCUCGAAGCUAGCAUGCACAACGCGCGUUACAAUAACGUGCACUUAGUGGAUCCUGAAAAGAAUGAUCAUGCUAAAGAGCUUCUACGUCGGAAGAAGGAUUACUACAGAGGAAUCAACACUGGAAAGCGGAAGGCUGAAGAAGAUGCUAAGCCAACAGAUGGUCUAAAAGCCCGCAAUAAGAAAAGAUUGGGGGGCAUGAGAGAAGAAAGCGAAGCAACUCGACAAUUGAAAGAACGCAACAAACCUAAUGAACAUGUAAAAGCUAGUUAUGAAGGCGUUCGUGGACGGAGGAUCGAAGAUAUCGUUACAAGUGAAUUCCAUGAGUUUGAGUCCCAUGACGGUGUCGAGUAUCGUCUUCCAUUUCAGAACCUGUGUUAUAAAACUACUGUUCGUGUUGUCGACUUCUUCCCUCCAGAUAUAAAAGAUUUUGCAGUCCGUCAGCAGCCUAAGGAGAAUCACUCGGGCAGUAGCAUGUACCGAAACGCAGAAGACGAUGGUAUCACUCGAUGGGAGUGGCGUUUUUGUCUCCUCAUUGAGGACGCAUUACCCCCUCCUCCUGGGCAGCCAAAAGAACAGAUAAAACUUUUUGUGUCUGAUGCCAACGCAGAGUUUUUGUUGAAAAUGAGUGCAACCGACUUGCGCAAAGACUCCGAGCAGCUGGCGAUUCUACGGGAGCGGCUUUUCAUUCUUUGGGGUGAUCUUGAGGAACGGAAGAAGACAAAUGCUGAAGAAAGUGGUCAAGGCCCUCCAAAGUUGGACCGUGCCUCCUCAAGACCAUUCGUAUGUUGUAUACAGGAGUAUGGUGUCAAGUGUUCCCAUCUCUCGGACGCAGAUGCAAUGUCUGACAAUACGUCUGGGUGUAGUCGCGAGGAUUGCUUCGGUUGGGAAAGGCGAUUUGGUAUGUUUCAAACAACUAUUGAUUUAUGA